GAAGGGAUGCGGAGGCUGCUCACAGCCCAGGGUUUGCAGGCAUGUGGAAGUUGUUGAAAUAGGUAAAGGGUCGAAACUGGCACUUGGAAAACGGUGACUAUUGCUUUAGUUACUUAUACCACAGAAGAAUUUAAGGGAAAACUGGGCCACUAAGAAUUUUUUUCUGGUUUGCAGUUUGCUGUCAGCAGAAGGUAAAACAUGUCCUUGAAGAUAUACAAUUUUACAUAAACAGCCGAUGUUUACAUAAGCCUAGAUAAGUUUGUGAGAAAGGCAGAGAGCAGAAGAUGCGGUGUUAGCUGAACUCGGCUAUCCUGCUAUUUGUCCCUGCAAUAAUUCAUCUUUUCUUUUUUUUCCUGUCGUAUUGUUGCAGCGUAAGAACAAAGUGAGCAGCUGCACCUUCACCAAAGCAACCACCUGCGUUCCUCCUCUCCUCUGGAAUGGACAAUGGGAUGGUCUCUGACUUUAUCAUGAUCAAAAACUUCUUCCUCUUCUGCGUUUCCAUGAGUUUAGCCAGCCACUUCGGCUUCUCCCAAACGCCAACAGCCUCAGGAAAAGAGGACACCAAUGAUAACAUCACCAUAUUCACCAGGAUCUUGGAUGGUCUCCUGGACGGCUACGACAACCGACUGCGCCCAGGGCUGGGAGAGAGAAUAACUCAGGUGAAAACAGACAUCUAUGUUACCAGUUUUGGUCCUGUGUCAGACACAGAAAUGGAAUACACCAUCGACGUUUUUUUCCGCCAAAGCUGGAAAGACGAAAGGCUGCGAUUCAAAGGACCUAUGCAACGCCUCCCUCUUAACAACCUGCUGGCCAGCAAGAUUUGGACCCCAGACACUUUCUUCCACAAUGGCAAGAAGUCUAUUGCUCACAACAUGACAACCCCAAACAAACUCCUGCGCCUGGAGGAUGACGGUACCCUGCUGUACACCAUGAGGCUGACCAUCUCUGCUGAAUGUCCCAUGCAGCUUGAAGAUUUCCCCAUGGAUGCACAUGCUUGCCCAUUAAAAUUUGGGAGCU